GAUUAUCAACAAAAUACUACGAGUACUAAUCGACAUCGGAAAAUGACGACGGAAUCUCAAAACCUAUCGAUCGUAACAACCACUAGCGCAAUCGGAGAGCAUUGGGAGGUUCAAUACGGUCGUUACUUCAACCGUCCAUCGCCUCACUCAUCUUCGCCUCUUCAUCCGUCUCUCGUUCCGCUGCGUAAAGGCGAAAAAGGCACCUGGAUUUCAUCCUUCUCUUCACUCGCUCAUCUCAAUUUACUCACAGCUGAUUAUCACUCCCAUUCUUUCCGAUCUGUUAUUCUCACAGUUACUCUUCUCGGCAACGUCAUCGAAGAGCAUUACAUUUCAAAGCUACAUUUCACAUGGCCUCAGGUCUCAUGCAUGUCUGGAUACCCACCCAGGGGCAGCAAAGUUGUAUUCAUGAGUUACAAAGAUCAAGAUGGCCAGAACCAAAAGUUUGUUGUGAGAUUUUUCUCAAUUGAUGAGACUGAGAGAUUUAUAAAUUUGAUGAAGGAAAUGUUUGGUCAUGAUACAAUUGAUGGGUCGAUGUCUGGUAUCUCUAAAUCCAAAACAUCAUAUCAAUCUGAGUUCAUCCCUCGAUCAAUACAGGACUGGGACCCGAUAACAUCUUCUGCCAACUAUUCUCAAGACGCGUAUAGACCAAUACAGGACUGGAGUCCAUCCAUGUCUUCUGUCGACACUUAUAUCCAACCAAUGCACCAAAGCGAAAACCAUAAUGCCAGUGAAAGCUCAAAUUCCUUGGGGACCACACUUAGUCAAGAUGUUCAAAAGCUGUCAGCAUUUCCUCCUAGUUUCACAUCAUUACUCAUGAACUGCUACCCUGUGACUGAACAUGCAACACAGCCAACUUUUCCAGAGGAAGUCACUCUCAAAAACGAGAUCAUGAAAUAUCUGAAUGACUCUUCUUUCCAAGAUAUGCUGAGCAAGGUACAAAAGGUUGUAAGUGAAUUUGAAGACGAUCUUCUGAUGAUGUAACUAUCAUGUUCAUAUGAAGCCAUCACCAAGCAAAACCGCAGUCGCGUUGACAAGCAGUCAAAGACAGUUCAUCUGCUCCAUUUUCUUUUGGCAUCAUCAUUAAUUACAUGGUACUAAGGUAUAGUAGAUAGAUAAAGUAUUAUGCAUUUCUAGAAAAGAUAGAUAUUGGUAGGCAUAAAAAUAAACAACAAAAUGGUUAAAAGAAGAAUAAGAAUUAGACAAAGCCCUGUUGGCUCAUUACGUAAGUGGUUUGAACUAACUUUGAGGUCCGAAUCAAUGGGCUGGUGGCAUAAGUUUUCAGUAUAGACUUGCAUAGCAUGGCUAAGCCUUAAGUAAUUGAUCAUGUUGGUUGCCCGUGACUAGUUUAAAUA